AUGGGCAAUAAUGGCGAUACAGUGAUCAUGGCGGGAGUAAAGGUUUUGAAGAACGCGAAUUCUCAUAAGGUGGUUAAGAGAAAAAUGCGGUCGAGGGCAUCAAAGAUAUCCGUUGCUGUCCAGGGUGUCAUUGAAGACGCAGAGAAAAACCUGAAGGUUCGACGAGUGAAGUCAUGGUUUCAAGGCAUUAAAGAUCUAUGCUAUGAGUUAAUUGGUGUUUCAGAAGAAUUUGAGCUACUGCAACCGCCGAAGAAGUCACACUUUGUAGGCCUCCGACUCCUCCAACGCCUCAAGAAGGGAAACCGUGAGGAGGCGAGCAGCAUCAUUCGUAAGUUUGAGGCCUUGAUUGAAGAAGGCAGCAAGUUGCAUCUUAGUUCGACAGUACCCAACGAGGCUGAGCAACUUGGUUCGAGUUCGGAUCCAGCACCCGACGAGGCUGAGCCGGAGCCAUUAGAUCUGCAUUCGCCCGCAGUUCCCUCAAAUAUUAUAGACGAAGAACUCAUGAUUGGUCGAGAUGCUGAAAUUCAAGACUUAAUUAGAAGGUUGACUAAGGAAUAUCAUAGAUGCAUAUGUCUUGUUAGAGAAGAGGUUGGAAUGGGAACGACCGCGCUGGCCCGACAUGUCUACAACAGUACUCAAGUGAAAAGUAAAUUUCAUUUCAUGGCAUGGGUAACUGUCUCUCAACAAUUCAAUGUGAAGCGAAUUGUUAAGUCUAUGCUGGAAUUCGCUCCUGAAACACCAGAGAAAUACGCCGGCAAUGAAUUUGAAUUAUUGAAACUUGAGCUUCAUAAGUUCAUAAAGGACAGGGAACUCCUUCUUGUUCUGGAAGACGUCAGCCACCUAGAUUCGAACCACUUGUCAGAUCUAAUGAACGUGCUUCGUAGUAGUUCCUCUCAUAGCAUUUUGAUUAUCACCAGGAAGAAGGAAGUCGCACAAGUAGCAGAAUCCACACACACCGUGGUUAUGACACGUCUCUCCCCCGAAGCUUGCUGGUCAAUUAUCAAACAUCACGCAUUUGGUGAUGAUCAGGAUGAGUCAUCUUUGGAAGGGUCGUUAGGCGAAGUUGGAAGAAAAAUCGCAGAAAAGUGCGGGGGGAAGCCAGCUGUUGCUAAAUCUUUUGGUGUUAAGUUGCGCGGCAGAUCUCUCGGAGAAUGGCAGCAAGCAUUGAUGAGUGGGAAGCUACCGGAGUACGACUUGACAUCUUGUGCCACGUUGAGUGAAAACUUGUAUUCUAGAAUGUCUCCUGCUUUGAGACAAUGCUUGCUGUAUUGCUCCAUCUUCCCUACGAAUCACUCCAUUCAAGUAGACGAGCUCGUCAAACUAUGGAUGGCACAGGGCUUUAUUGCCUCCCAUGAAGAGGACAAGUUGGAAAUACAAGGCGGGAAAUACGUCAAGCAAUUGCGAGAUCGCUCUGCCUUCCAAGAAUCUAGAGAUUCUGGACGGGAAGGCGAGGGCGCCUUGAAAUGCAAAUUGAAGAAAGAAAUGCAUGAAUUUAUCCAAGAUCUUGCGCGUAACGAAUGCCGCAUAAUGCUUCCUGGUGAAGAGUCCGGAGACAACGACGCUGUAACAGAGCCUGCUCGUUAUCGUCAUUUUACCCGUCAUUGUACUCUGUAUCUUGAAGAUCAAACCUCUUUCCUAGAUUCAAUUGACAAUGGAGGUAAACUCAAGGCAGAUAAACUACACACUCUAAUGGUUUUGUCCAAGUUUUCCGACAUGGAUCCAACAAAUCUUGCCAAACGUCUACCUCGUAUGAAGAGGAUCAGGGCGUUGGAUUUGAGCGAUUGCCCAAUAGAAAAGCUUCCAUCGGAGGCAACUGAACUGCUACAUCUAAGGUACCUUAACCUGUCUUUCAAUCAUAAGCUAAAGGAGUUGCCUGAUGCAAUAAGUAAUUUGCUUAAUUUGCAAACUUUAAAUCUCAACGGAUGUAAAAGUCUUCAGAAACUGCCAGAAAGUAUAGGCAAAUUGAUCAAGUUGCGGCAUCUUGAGAUUCUCUGGACAACAAGCCUUAGCUACCUACCAAAAGGGAUUGCAAGCUUAACCUUGUUGAGAACCUUAAAUCGAUUCUUCGGGAGCAGUGGUGGUGCUAGCAGAGGCAUAGCAUGCAGCCUUGGAGAUUUGGAAAAUCUAAACAAUAUCGCAGGAUGCCUUACCAUAGAUGGAUUGGGUGGUGAAACUGAAAUUUCUGAAGCUACAAGAGCUGAUCUAAAGAACAAGGAAAAUCUGCUUGGCUUGGAACUGUGGUUUUCUAUCGUAGGAUCGAAGGCCAACGAUCAAGUCCUACUUGAUAGCUUAGAAGCACCUCCUCAAUUGCAAUCCCUUGGAAUAUUUGACUACGGAGGAAGUUCAUUCCCCAACUGGAUGAUGGAAUUGAACAAACUAACACAACUAAAGCUUCAUAGAUGUAGUGAAUGCAAUGUUUUGCCCACUUUAGGGAAACUCCCAUUCCUUGAAUCACUUGAGAUCACGAAUAUGCCUAAUGUGAAGAUGGUAGGUGUCGAAUUUCUGGGAAUAGGAUUAAACCAUGAGGAUGCUGUCAACGAAGGCUCCUCACCUGAUGCAGUUGCAUUUCCCAGAUUGAGAAAGCUUCACUUCAAAAAGUUGGAUGAGUGGAAAGGGUGGACUGGAAUCAAUGUUAAUGGUGGAGACAAGAAGAUUAUGCCUCAACUGUCUUCUUUGUCAGUUGUAAACUGUAAAAAGUUAGGAUCACUUCCUGACUACAUAAAGAAGAAGGAAAAUCUGAAACCAGUUAUUGAAGGAUGUCCUUUGCUACCAGAAAACUAAAAGGCGCAAGAAUAGAUGAGGAGCUUGGAUUUCAAGAAACAAAGCAGAUUAAGGUCCAGUUUAGUGUGCUUUCAGCCAUCCAUGGCAUUUUUAAAGGUGUUCAAAAUCUGCAACCACUGUGGAGUCUCCAAAUAAUGUUGCACAGAUGUGGGUUUUCAACUUUUCUGUGCUCUGUAUUAAAAAGGCUCUUAAGAAGUUGAAGAUGGAAGGUCUCUGGGGUCUGGUGCCAAAAUUAAAGUUCAGUUUCUCAAUAAAUUGUUUCCAGAGAAUAUUGCACAGAUGUGUGAUUUCAACUCAGUUUGGGAAACAUCUAAGUUUGAUACUCUGAUCAUGAUGUAAUAAGUUAUGGCUAUGUGCUAGCAUGACUAUUGAGUUUCCUAUCUAUAUUCUGUGAGAUUUCACUGUAAUUUUCCUCUUUCCAUGUUUGUGUUCCUCAGAGAACCUGUAAGUUGUAACACCAUGUCUCUAUA